CAUAACGGGAUUUGAAGACCAUGAACCGAAUGGCGUAUAACUGAAACCUCCGAUAUUGUUUGUGUUGUGUAUAAGCUGGCGCCUCCAGUUAUAGUGCAGUGUUAAAAUGAGAGGACCCGAAUAAACUGCACAUACGGCUACACAUGAAACACCGAGACUGUGUCAGUUUCGUGUCCUAAACAUCCACACCAAAGUGUGUAUACUUUGUUUUGUUAUAGUGUACAUGUUCGUACCGUGCGAAGUUCUCAUGUUUUGUGUCUUUUGAACAUUUGCCAGCCCUGUAUUUCUCACUGAUGUAUCACAGCGGUAGAACAGAGAUCGGAAGAAUAUAACGCGAUUGAACAAGCUGCACCAACACCGAAACGAAGAGCAGCGCGACUAAGGCGUUUUUUCGGCUUUUAUAGCUACUAUAUUAUGGUUAUAAUGGCUGUCCAGCUUGCACUGGUUAAACAAAGCGAUUGAUUGAGUGAAAGAGUGCAGAUCAAAGUCAAUUUGGCUUUUUAUUUCCAAUGAAAGUUCAUACUAUCUUAACACAAAAGACGAUUCACUCAUUCUUAUAUUUCAUUGUUCAAGUCCUGUCUUCAUCAGGAUGUCAAAUAUGUUGUAUCCCCGAUAAGAAAUGAUAAUUAUGUGAGAAAUCAUUGAAAGGUGUGAAAAGCAAGUAGGAGUCAUUUCUGUCAUUUACUCCAGUAAAAUGCCUUAUGUAUCUAAAAAUGCAUCUGGAGCGUGGCACUGUGCUUGGUUUGAGUGCCAACCGAGAGGCAGGCUGUGGUACCAGUCUUGCAGAAUGUCCAAGAUUCGGCGGAAAGUAACAGUGGAGAAUUCAAAAACCAUAUCUGACAGUAGCAGCAGCACCACAACCAGCAGCAGCACCGCCAACCCCGCAGCCCCUUCUCGUCGACCGAGUGUGUUUGAACGACUUGGGCCAAGUACUGGGAGUAAUGCUGCAGAUAGUCAUUGCAGAAAUUGGCUGAAGACCGGAAAUUGCAGUUACGGAAAUACUUGUCGCUACACCCAUGGAGCUCAGCCGCGCGGCAAAGGAUUCAACUUCAGUCGGUCAGCAGAGAGACCCACAGGUGAUCUGCGGGAGAGGAUGAAGAAUAAAAGACAGGAUGUUGAACCAGAAAACUUGAAGCGAGACUUGGACGAGCCCACUUCCCCCACAGCGAGACAGAGAGAUUCCUCCAGAAGUCGCCAUAGAGAAAAGGAGGACAUUAAAAUUACGAAGGAGAGAACCCCAGGCAGUGACGAAGAGCCCACAGAGUGGGAGACAAAUAGAGAAGACUCUGAUAUUGGUGACUACGAUUACGAGUUGUCUCUUGAAAUGAAGCGUCAGAAGAUCCAACGUGAACUUAUGAAACUAGAGCAGGAGAAUCUGGACAAGCGGGAGGACAUUGUCAUCAAAAAAGAGGAAACAGGCGGCAAGACGAGAACAACUGCCCCCUCUAAACCCUCCCCCGAGCAGCCGAGCUGCAAAGAUUCACCCAAAAAGCCCACCUCCCCAAAACACAAAGGCGGAGCCAAAGGACAAGGUUCUAGUAAAAAAGAGAAGAAGGUGGCAAUUUCAUCCCCUGUUGCUGAAACUACCAGAGCUUCAAAAGGAAGCCACAGCAAGAAGAAGGGUCCCAGAACCCCCAGUCCUCCUCCUCCAGUCCCUCUUGACAUCCCCGUAGUUGGAAAGAAACACAAGGGGAAGCACAAAAACAAAGAGAAGACUGAAGAAAAACUGAAAGAGGGGAAAGAUCGUGGACGAGAUACUGAGAAACACAAAGAGAAAAAGGAGAAACGCAGGGACCGAUCAGACAGUUCCCACAAAGCCAAGCGCACACUGACAACAGAUGAAUGCUCAGAGAGCACAUCAUCCCCCUCGCGGGGCUUGUCUCCAACCCUGAAGAAGAAAUCCAGCUCCCCUAAAAUUCUGCGCAAGAAUAGUGCGCCAGCCUCUUCCCCAUGCAGGUCUCCAUCACCACCUGCCCAACAGCGACAGACCUCUUCCUCUUCACACCACCGCUCCCCAUCAUCUGGCUCCUCGACUCAACAGCACUCGCCGUCCCCUGUCAGGCGCCGCUCCUGUUCUCCAGUCUAUCAUCGCAGUGCUCCACCCACUGCUUCCAACUCAUCUCCACUGAGCCCUCGGCGUUCACGGUCACCAGCUGCCUCACAUGACACUUCUUCACCACAUCGCCGAUCGGAUAAGUCUAGUCCUGUCCGUCGACGCUCCAGGGAUCGUGAGAGGAGUCGGGGAGAUCGAGAAAGGAGUCCUCUAGAGCGCUCCAGAUAUGAACGGAGAGAUGAAAUCCGUGGGAAGCGUGAGAAGGACAGCGUGCGUGAUGAUCGCAACUAUGACUCUGAGCAAGUUUCAUCCCGAGACAGCCGCGACGACCGUGACCACAGGGAGGCACGUGACCGCAGGGAACGAGGAAGAGAAACAACUCGUGAAUCACGUGACCAUAGAGAUAACAGGGACGCCAAGGAGUCCAGAGAGAGUAGGUCAACAGACAACCGCUCCAGCCAAGAAUCAUUAGAGCGUCGUGAUCGUGACAGGGAGCGAGAAAAGGAGAGGGAGAAGGAUAAAGAACGAGAGAAGGAGAGAGACAGGGAAAGAGAGAGGCUGGAUGCUCACAGGAAGGAAGAGCCACCACAGGAUGAAAGAUCAUAUGGUAGAAGCCAAGGACGUGAAGAUGGAGGACGAACUGAAAGGAAUGGACGGGGAAGAGGCAGAGCCACUGAAGCAUCAGAAAAAGGCUCCAGCAGAAAUUCCAGAGGUUCCCAAAUGGAUAGUGGCCAUGACAACUGGGAGUCACGGAGCAGUAACACACGUGAGCGAAGCGCAGAUGCCUCAGAUCGGGGCAUAGACCGCGAUCGCUAUGAAGGAGAGCGUAGAGGUGAACAGGCUCGAGACUCUUCCUAUGACAGAAGAGGCGGGCAUAGUGAUCGGGAGCGCAGAGAUAAUCGGGAAAGAGAUCAAAGAGUAUCAUCCCCAAAUCGACACCAGAGGAGGUCGGAGGAGUCUGAGAGGGACGGGAGGCGAGAUGAACGCAGGCUGGACAGGAGCGAUGAGAGACGGGAUGAAAGAGGCCGUGACCGAGACAGGGACAGAGAACGAGAACGGGAGAAAGAGAAAGACAGGGAUAGGGAAAGAGAACGAGAGAAAGAAAGGGAGGCAGAGCGUGAGCGCAUCAGAGAAAGAGAGCGGGAAAGGGAGGAGCGGGAGCGGGAGAGGGAGGAACGAGAGAGGGAAAGGGAGCGUGAAGAGAGGGAAAGGGAACGAGAGGAGAGGGAAAGAGAGAGGGAACGGGAGGAGAGGGAGCGGGAGCGAGAGCGUAAAGAACAAAGAGAGCGAGAGCAACGGGAAAGGGAGCGGCAGCGGGAAUGGGAAGAGAGGGAGAGAGAGCGCGGGAGGGAUGAGCGUCGGGAGAGGCGAGAUGAUACUCGAGAUGAUCGAACAUUGCGGGACGCACGAGAUGAUCGCAAAACCAGUCGUAAGAGGCGGCGUCUAGAGAGCAGCCCAAGUCCACGAGCGUCUCCAAGGCGAGGAACCCGGGACCUCAGUCCUGCAGACAGCGACGGCUACAACAGCACAGAAGAGAAAAGUGAGCGUCCAGCUGGCCGAGGGUUGGCCAAGCUCCACCCCCAACCCCUCCUCCCCAGCCCAGUGUGUCUGCCUUCAUCUGACAGUGGAGACAAACAUCGUCUUCUCAGUCAAGUGGUCCGUCCUCAGGAACCUCUGUUGCGUUCUCCGACUGGGGGGACAACCUCAGACGACAAGUCAAGUCACUGGAAAGAGGAAGAGCGCAGAAACACUGGAGACAAGAGAGAUGUGCGCAGUCGACACGAAGAACCAGAGCCUCGGAAUGAAAGGAGCCGAGGAAGUGACAGACGAGGAGAACCACCACCAGAGGCAUCGGACUUUCGGAGUCGAGGCAGAGAGCCUCGGGACUCCAGUCCUGCCACUGCACAGACGAGCUGUGAUGACAGAGACAUUCCUGGAUCCCAGGAUGAGGGCAAAAAGAAAGUGAAGAUUCAGAGGAAGGGCUUAAAGAAGGGACGCAAAGAGGAGGAGAACAUUGGAGGCAAAAGUGUUGCUGCCGUUGCAGAUCGCUUCAAUCCAGAGCCGCUCAUUGGUUCUGCUCCAGAAACUCCUCCGCUGCUCUCUCCCAGGAAGGUAACCAAAAAGAAGGCUGUUGAGCGAAAGAGGAAACGGUCCAGAGGUGAGUCGGAUGUCUCUGAGGAAGAGGCUUCACCCCAUCAGAUGCUCAACAAGCGGAAAAGAGGUCCUCGCACGCCACCGCCCGCAUUGAGGACAGAUCACCGCAGUAACACAGACCCCUCCCCUCUGUCAAAAAUGGACACCUUCAGUGAUUGGUCAGAUGAAGAAGUCACUGAUCGUGGACUACCUGAGCCAACACUUUCAACAGAUCGAGGUCAAACUGAUCCUCCGAGGAGAGGUGGGGCGCUGAGGACGGGGAGAGACAGAGAGAGAUGUAACGCCCCGUCAAUUGCCCCUCUACUGUCUCAGGACCCUCCCAUGUUGAUGCAGACUCUAACUCCGCAGCCAUUGAUGUCACAGCCACUCCUGCGCAAACCACCUCCUGACCAGGUACGCAGCAGUAGUAUGGGAAGCAACCAGAGCCGCACCUCCUCCAGACGCCCUCGUUCACCGUCCAAUGAGUCUGCUCACCGAGAGGAACUACAGGGUCCCAGGUCCCGCAGGGGACGACUCCAGGCCACCAACUCUAGGGACAGAGAACGAGAGAGGGAGAGGGACCGGCCUGGUUUGUCAGAACCUGUGGGAGCUGAAAGGAAGUCCAGGAUUGACCAAUUACGACGCGGAGAGCCGAGCCGCAGCACCUCCUCAGACCGGCAGGAUUCACGCAGUCAUAGUUCCAGGCGGAGUUCACCUGACUCUGAGCGACAGGGGAGGUCCCAGUCUCGCGCUGGGUCUUAUGAUAGUCGGGAGCGUGAACGAGACAGGGAACAGUAUGACCGGGAGCGCGAUCGUAAAGAACAUCGUCCACAACAACAACAACAACAACAACAGCAGCAGCAGCAGCAGCAAGCUCUCCUCCACCCACAGCCCUUGCAACAACAGAGAGACUGGGAAUCUGAACCUCGAGACUGGCCUGGUAGGGUGCGAGAGCCCUUGCUCAUGCGUCCAGGGCGUGAACCCCUUCUCAGGGACCGGGACAUCCGGGAUAGAGAACGUCUACUGCCAGAUGGACUUCUGCAUGAGCGGGAAAGAGAUGGCAGAGGUGAGCGUGGAGGAGACAGAGAGAGGGACAGAAUGAUGACGGAACCUCUUGGAGAUGCUCGGCCUGGGGGGCGAGGGGACAUGAUGAGACAGGACCGCGGCGAGUAUGAGCCGCUGCUUCCAAGAGAAGCGUUUAGCCCAUCAGAGUCUGAGAAACCCAGCAACAGCUGUCAUCUGGCGCUUGAGCAACGUGAGCUGGAGAAGACUGACAGCAUUGACGGAGACGACGAUGGGAAAGACGAUGACUCUCAUUCAAUGGCUUCAGUCGGAGAGGAGUAUGAACCCAUCAGUGAUGGCGAGCUGGAUGAGAUUCUGGCAGACAGUCAGAAAAAAGAAGACCAACAAGAUGAUGAGAAAGUUACAGGGCCUUUGGAUGUCAUUGAUGUGGACUGGCCCAGUCUGAUGCCCAAACAGAAGCAGGAACCCCGAGCAGCAGGGGCAGCACUGCUGCGCUUUACUCCAGGUGCUGUUCUCCUUCGAGCCGGAGUCUCGAAGCGGCUGGCAGGACCUAAACUUAUGGAGCGAGUGAAGGAAGUUUGCAAGUCUGAGUUCGAUGACCCCAAAGACGUUGACAAAAUGUUUGAACACGACUUGGGGGCCUUGAACAUGGCAGCUUUGAACAGACGAGUGGAGCGGGCAGGACUACUGAGGAACUUGGGACCUUGUUGUAAAGCCCUGUGUGCUCGCAGGGAUUUCGCCAUCCGCCGACAGCUUUUGAGGAAUGAGAAGGGCCUAACUAAGCAAUAUCCUGCCACUCCUGUCGUGGACACUGAGCUGCUGCAAAUGAGCAUGCGCCUUUUCAGAAGAACUCUAACAGGUCAGGCAUCUGCCCCUGAGAGGACUGACAGUAGCUCCGAUCCUGCAGUGGAAGUAGCUGCAGCAGGUGGCGACAGCGUGCUGGAGGCUGCUCCUCCUGAAGUGUGUGUGUCCUGAGUGUCUCUUUAUAUGUUGAUAUUGGCAUGAGACCUUUGGGAACAAAUUCAUGUUUUUGUUUUUGUUUUGUUUUUUAAACACUUUUUGUUGUGACCAGUAUGUGCUGUGCCAUAAGACUACUGGAGCUGCCAGCCAACAGAUGUGUGUAAUAUGAAUGCACAAGUAGAGAAAAAAAAAUGUUAGAAUGUUCUUUAUGACCUGUCCAUCACUUUCUUAACAUUUGCAUUGGUUGUGUAUUAAAGUGUUUCAUGACUAGUUUUUCUAUUUGGUGGUGAGUCUCAUGCCAGAUGAGGUUUUCCUCCAUGCCACACUAACUUCAUGUUCAUCAUUGUGCUGACAACUCCUGCCAUUGCGCAUUCUAUUAAUGUUGUCUUAGUUUGUGUAAGUCUCACAGGUAAAGCUCAGAACUGUUAAACCUGACUGAACAAACCAGCUCCAGUGUCACAGCAGUGACUUUUCAUGUGCGGAGCAGAAAAGUUAAUUUGCUCUGUCGUUCAAUCACGAGUCAAAAGGUACCGUCAGUACAAAAGUGUGUCACUGAACAUGCACAUGUUUCAUUUACUUCUGUUAUAUUCCAUAUCUGGACGAUCCCAGAUGUUUAGGACUGUCAAUUCUUGUGUGGGUAACGGUAAAAUGUUACCUUUAUUUUAUGUGUGAAAUAAGCCCAACAGUCAGUUGUACUUUUUUUCAGAAUAUUGCUUGAAGGCAGUUGAUUUAGGUUAAGUUUUUACUCUAAAUAAAGAACAGAAACCAUAUGUCACUUGAACCAUGUGCUUGUGAAUAAUACAAUUCGCGAUCAAAAUAUUUUGCUGUAUCUUUUUUACUCAAUAAACAUUUGAUCUAUCUAAGGGGAAAUGGUUCUAUAAACAUCUUACCAAAAAAAUCUAGUAAAUAAAGCAAGAAUGUUUCAAA